AAUCGAGGAUUUGCUGACCAAGCGGAGCGCCGUCACACGUCGUGGAGAAUCGAUGCGGACUGCUCUACGCAGUGGGAAGGUGUUCUUUGAGGUUAGGUUCUGAUUUGAACCGCGACACAUGAAUUAUUGAUUAGACGUUCUUUGCGUUUAGCGCGACCAAAACAAUAUCGCGGUCGAUCGUAUUCAGAUGCAACAAUGGUGGAGAACAGACCGGCGUGCCGUAGGUUAAGUUUCCGCUGUCGCAGUGCCCACGACGUUGUACCGCCAGUGAACGAUAUCCGCCGAGAGCAACACUGACUCGACGAAGAUGAGCCGGCUAUGGAACUACUUGGUAUUUCAGGCAUGGAUGUCUUACCUGAUGGCAGCCGGCCUGUUGGUCUUCACCAGCGGUUUCCUUCUCAAUCGUGUAUCCCGGCCGGAACGGGCCGAGUGCGCGCGGUGCACGGAGACCGGCGAUUGCGACACGGCGGACGUUCUCCAGGACACGGAGCGCGCCGCCAAGGUGUGUCUGGAGCGCCGAGCGCGGGUCGUGCUCUUGAUCGUCGACGCGUUGAAGUAUGAAUUCGCGGAGUGGCACGAGGACAACGCCGCCGCGUCUUCCUACCAUCGCAACAAAUUGCCCGUGAUUCACGAACUGCUGCAGAAAUAUCCGUCGCAUUCUCGCCUAUACAGAUUUAUGGCCGAUCCACCUACGACGACAAUGCAGCGUCUGAAAGGUCUUACAACAGGCUCCUUGCCUACCUUCAUCGAAGUGGGCUCGAACUUUGCCUCGGAGUAUAUCCAAGAAGACAAUCUCAUUGACCAAAAUUCCGCCAGUGGUAUCGUUUUUAUGGGGGAUGACACGUGGACCAAUCUAUUCCCGGAUAAAUUUAUGAGGCAGUUUCCGUCGCCAUCAUUCAACGUCUGGGAUCUGGACAGCGUGGACAAGGAUGUCCAAUAUCGUAUCUUCUUUGAGAUGAAGAAGAGAGACUGGUCGUUGCUGAUAGCUCACACUCUCGGGGUUGAUCACUGUGGACACAAGCAUGGCACGCAGCAUCCAGAAAUGACAAGAAAGUUAAAUGACACAAAUACGCUUAUAAAAGAGAUUGUGGCAUCUCUCGAGAAGGACAUGAUGCUUUUUGUUGUUGGAGAUCAUGGUAUGACCGAGACGGGAGAUCAUGGCGGUGACAGUGCCAACGAGGUUGAGGCCGCGAUGUUUGUUUACUCGACGACUCCGCUGUUGAAAGGAUUUACAAUUAAUGGCAAUAGUGUAAAUCAAAUUGAUCUCGUUCCUACUCUGUCAUCGAUUCUCGGCACACCAAUUCCCUUUUCUAAUUUAGGCUCUGUAAUACUUGACUGUUUGCCAAGUAAAUUGGAAAAGGUGACUGCUGGUCAGUUGCUUUAUCCAUUACAUUCUCUAUGGAGGAACAUUGCCCAAACAAAAAAGUACAUAGAGAUAUAUUCUGCAGAUACAUACUUGUUUUCGAAAGAGCAGCUGCAACAUUUACAUUACAUAUACAGUCUUCUCUCUGAGCGAGUUAAACAAGUUGAUAGUAUUGAAAAGCUAGAAGUGUUUAUUCGAGAUACUAAAGGUUAUUUUAAAUUAUUGAAAGACACGUGUUCGGAGGUGUGGGUCCAAUUUGAUUCUGGUCUAAUUUCCAAAGGAUUACUUUUGAUGUUUUGUUCCUUGUUUUUCUUUUAUCUCUUCAUCACUGGUAUUCCUGAAAGUCGUAUGUGUGAUAUAUUUAAAUCUUCAUUCUUGCAAUGUGCCAUUAUAGCAAAUUUAGUUACCGCGGCGAUUAUCACGUGCUUGUUUUUAUUAAAUAUUUUAGAGGAAUUGAGGAACACAACUUUUUUUGUCACUGGCGCGGUUUCUGUUGGUUUACUGGUUAUAGUAAUCGCUCAAAAUUGGGAUGUCAUAUCGAUGUGCUGGUAUGAUCAUCGUCGAAUCAAACUGUUGACCUACGUAGCUAGGAUAAUACUUCUUCUAACAGUAUGCGGACUCUUCUCUAACAGUUACAUAGUUGAAGAGGACAAAGUCCUAUCCUUUCUGUUUAUUACGCUUAUUUGCCUUCUCAUAUUCGACCUGAGAAAAAAUGAUGCUGAUAGUACUUCAGAGAGAAAAACAAGGUUUACAUCAAAACCAAUAAAAUCAAAUUUCAAGACAAUUGUACUGAUUAUUGGUUUACUAGCGUGUGCCUCAGUCAGGCUUUCACAUUAUUUCUGGCGCUGUAGAGAGGAGCAUUUACAACGAGAAUGUUCUAUAUUUGCAACUGGCAAAGUUGGUUGGUCUACAACACCAAAUAAUUGGGAGCGUGCUCUACUCGCUGUUUUACUCGCCUCAGUCAUCCUGGCAUCAUAUGUAGUGAUAGUUAGAUUAUGGUUGCAAAGCUGUGGAAAUCUCACAGGCUUUGCCCCCAGCGUCAUGGUGGGUCAGUAUUGUCCGGUUAUCGUGAGUGUUUGCAUGGGCUGCUACUGGAUUCUACAAAAGCUUCCAAAGUUUGUCAAACCAAAACUUGCGUUAUCCUGGGAGAUCAAUACGCUACCCAAUGUGGUUUACUUCUUCUGCGUCCUCGCGAUUCUCAUCCUCUACUAUCGUCCGCUUAGUAUAUACUUGCUGCCAAAGAAGAAGGAGUCCAUCGAUGUCUACCGCGAUGAGAACAUAGUGCCUCGAUUAUUCGAAAAGAUAAAAGACUCCAUUUCCCGUAAACGAAUAGAUACCGAUGAGCUCCCGGUUAUUUAUGGUUUCGGGACUGCCUACAGUGCUGCAUUUAUUUCGUUAAGCGUAUUCCUUACACUUUUGUACGCAUUACUAUUAGGAGAUACUCUAUCGCCUGGUACAUUUUUGAUGUUUGUAACGUGCGUUUGCAUCUUGGGUUUAUCCGCGAUAGAGAGAUACAAAAAUGCUAAUAAUAUUUCUGAGCUGGUUGACGUAUCGAUGCCUGUGUUACUUUGCUGGUUUUUACUGGCUGAAUAUUUCUUUUAUGGAACUGGCCAUCAGGCGACGUUUCCUACCAUUCACUGGCAUGCUGCCUUUGUAGGAACUGGUGGUCAUUUUUAUGGAAACUUAGUGUCAGCAAUUUUAAUCGGUAUUAAUACGUUUGGAUCGCAUAUUAUUUUGGGCACAAUGUUACCACUAUUAGUGAUUGUGCCAUUUGCAUUACAUCGGGUAUUUCCAAAGUUUCUUAAAGCAAAAUUUCUGGAUGAUAUAAAAAGGGGCGAGCUUCUCCUGUUCGAACAAGAUUCUGCUUUUCAUGCUGCAAUUUUUGCAAUUGCGGGGAAAUACGCGUUGCUUCACGGAAUUCGGACUUUUGGCAGCAUGCUCGCAGCAACUAUACAUUGUCGGCAUUUAAUGGUUUGGAAGAUAUUCGCGCCAAAGCUAAUAUUCGAAGGAUUAGGAUUCCUGGUAACGUUGGGUAGUAUACUAGCAUCGUUUUACAUGGUAUUCCGUAUUGAUCAACAAAUGGAAUAUCUCAUCACUAGAGUCACAAAAGGCAGAUGAUAGUGACUCACUUUUAAGGAAGUAUAGUACAAUCAAUAGCAAAGUACCAAAGUACCGUUAAAAUACUUCGCUUUUGCGAAUAAAUCCGAAAGUGGCUCGUUACUUACGAAUAUAGAUCGUAUCUCUAACAAUUCGAACUAUUAAGAUAUGAAACGGGCAACAUAUAAGUCUAUACUUACUAACGAUACUGCCAAUAUUUCCACAAUUUUGUAUGAAAGUGUAAUGAGGGUAAAAACGAAAUCAGGUAUAUAUCUAGCGAGUAUUAUAAAUAACAUUUUUCGUACCGAAGUAAAAGAACUUGUCUCUCCACUUCUUCGAGUUGAUAUUAAUGUUAGAUAAUGUACACCUCUUAUAAGACACUAUAUGUCGCGUAACCAAACUGUGAUGCUUCCUAACACACUAACGCUACCCUGCGUGCAAUGCAUUGCUGAUUGACGAACAAAGCAACGCACUUGAUGCAGGAUUGCGUCCGUGUGUCGCGGUCUGUUUGCGCGACUGAUGGGCACAUCUCAGCGUAUUACUGCUAUUAAAAUAUGAUUAUAUAAUAAAUAGAUUAGAGAUACUAUCAGAAAGAGCAUUCACUUUUCAUAUCCUUCGGUACAUAUAUAUAGAUAAAGUAUUGUGUAUUGUUCUUAAUGAAAAACGAACAUACAAUAAAUCUGGCAUUUUUAGUUUCAUUUUUUGUAUGUUAUCUCGACUAUGUAUCAGAGAAUUUUAAAUAAUUCUGUAACAUUACCGUUUCUUUUUUCUAUCUUCUGCCAAAUAUAUUUUAUUGGAAUUUAUCGAUUAAUAUCGUACACGUUUACUUUCACAUUUUGGAUAACAUUUGUAAAAGAUUUUUAUUGAUAACUAAUCGUAAAUAUAUAACGUAAGAAAUACUCCUGCUGGGGCUGAGUGGCCUAAUGGUGGUUAUGAUGGUGCCUACGAUCUUGAUAUUCAUUCUUGUGAUACUGCAUCCAGUCAGCCCAUUUGUUCGAGUUUUCGUAAGCAUUAGAUCCCUGCGACAAAUGAACAGAUGUCUGCGAUAUUCAUAAUUCAGAGACAUUUUGCACGUACUUAAUUAAUAGUUUGAAAGCUCGGAACUUGAAAGUUAGGCAAUUUAGGCAUUUGAAUCUGAAAACACAAAUUAAGUUAUUAUAUUUUAUAAGUUACAUGCGGAUAUUACUCGAUUAAAUAGAGAACAAAGAGAUCUUCGGCGAAAAGUGUUAGGUAAUUAUAUAAUUCAUUAUUUGCCGUUUUGUAUGUGUGUGCAAUAAUUUUGUACAUAGGCUUCCAAGGUAUUAUAUAGCGCGUUAUAUAUUAUGACAUAAAAUUGUAUAUAUGCACAUAUUGCCUUUCAUUAAAUUAUUUAAAUGAUUAA